UGCCGCGGCGGCGCGGACACGGCCCGGCCGCCCCCCGUGGCAGUCGCGGCGCCGAGCAAGCGGGCGCAGCGCGGAGCUCGGGCCCAUGGUGCGCCCGUGUCCGUCGGUCGGGCCGCGCGGGCGGCUCCGCGCGUGGCCCGGCGCUCGCGACCUCGCCCCUUCGCUGCGGGCCCGGCCCGCCCGCUGCCGCCGCCUCCUCCCCCGGGGCGGCGCGGCGCCGGCGGGCGGCGGCGCGGAGGCCGGACCGGGCGGCGGCCCAGGCGGCGCGGGGGGCGCGGCGGCCAAGGCGGGCGGCGCCGCCGACAUGACGGACAACAUCCCGCUGCAGCCGGUGCGCCAGAAGAAGCGGAUGGACAGCAGGCCCCGCGCCGGGUGCUGCGAGUGGCUGAGAUGCUGUGGUGGAGGAGAGCCCAGGCCGCGCACUGUCUGGCUGGGACACCCCGAGAAGAGAGACCAGCGAUAUCCUCGAAAUGUUAUCAACAAUCAGAAGUACAAUUUCUUCACCUUUCUUCCUGGGGUGCUGUUCAACCAGUUCAAGUACUUCUUCAACCUCUACUUCUUACUCCUCGCCUGCUCCCAGUUUGUUUCUGAAAUGAGGCUUGGCGCCCUGUACACCUACUGGGUCCCCCUGGGCUUCGUGCUGGCUGUCACGGUCAUCCGAGAGGCGGUGGAGGAGAUCCGAUGCUAUGUGCGGGACAAGGAGGUCAACUCACAGGUCUACAGCCGGCUCACGGCAAGAGGGACGAUGAAGGUGAAGAGUUCCAGCAUCCAAGUGGGAGAUCUCAUCAUUGUUGAAAAGAACCAGCGGGUCCCUGCUGACAUGAUCUUCCUGAGGACAUCAGAAAAAAAUGGGUCUUGCUUCUUACGGACGGAUCAGCUGGAUGGGGAGACGGACUGGAAGCUGCGGCUGCCCGUGGCCUGCACGCAGAGGCUCCCCACGGCCGCUGAUCUUCUCCAGAUUCGCUCCUACGUGUAUGCAGAAGAGCCAAGCAUCGAUAUUCACAACUUCGCGGGAACUUUUACCAGAGAAGACAGUGACCCGUCCAUCAGCGAGAGCCUGAGCAUCGAGAACACGCUGUGGGCUGGCACCGUCGUCGCGUCAGGCACGGUUGUGGGUGUUGUCCUCUACACCGGCAGGGAGCUGCGGAGCGUCAUGAACACCUCAAACCCGCGCAGCAAGAUCGGCCUCUUUGACCUGGAGGUGAACUGCCUCACCAAGAUCCUCUUUGGCGCCUUGGUGGUGGUCUCCCUGGUCAUGGUGGCCCUGCAGCACUUCGCCGGCCGUUGGUACCUGCAGAUAAUCCGCUUCCUCCUCCUGUUUUCCAACAUCAUUCCCAUCAGCUUGCGUGUGAACCUGGACAUGGGCAAGAUCGUGUACAGCUGGGUGAUUCGACGGGAUUCGAAAAUCCCUGGGACAGUGGUGCGUUCCAGCACGAUCCCCGAGCAGCUGGGCAGGAUCUCCUACCUACUCACAGACAAGACAGGAACUCUUACCCAGAAUGAGAUGGUUUUCAAGCGGCUCCACCUGGGAACGGUGGCCUAUGGCCUAGACUCCAUGGACGAAGUGCAAAGCCACAUAUUCAGUAUUUACACCCAGCAGUCACAGGAGCCACCAGCUCAGAAGGGCCCCACGGUCACCACCAAGGUCCGGCGGACCAUGAGCAGCCGCGUGCACGAAGCCGUGAAGGCCAUCGCGCUCUGCCACAACGUGACUCCCGUGUACGAGUCCAACGGCGUGACCGACCAGGCGGAGGCUGAGAAGCAGUACGAGGACUCCUGCCGCGUGUACCAGGCGUCCAGCCCAGAUGAGGUGGCCCUGGUCCAGUGGACGGAGAGCGUGGGCUUAACGCUGGUGGGCCGAGACCAGUCUUCCGUGCAACUGAGGACCCCUGGCGACCAGAUCCUGAACUUCACCAUCUUGCAGAUCUUCCCGUUCACCUACGAGAGCAAGCGCAUGGGCAUCAUCGUGAGGGAUGAGUCAACGGGAGAGAUCACGUUCUACAUGAAGGGAGCGGACGUGGUCAUGGCGGGCAUCGUGCAGUACAACGACUGGCUGGAGGAGGAGUGUGGCAACAUGGCCCGGGAGGGCCUGCGGGUGCUGGUGGUGGCCAAGAAGUCCCUAGCGGAGGAGCAAUAUCAAGACUUUGAGGCCCGCUACGUCCAGGCCAAGCUGAGUGUGCAUGACCGCUCCCUCAAAGUGGCCACGGUGAUCGAGAGCCUGGAGAUGGAGAUGGAGCUGCUGUGCUUGACCGGCGUGGAGGACCAGCUGCAGGCGGACGUGCGGCCCACGCUGGAGACGCUGCGGAACGCGGGCAUCAAGGUGUGGAUGCUGACAGGGGACAAGCUGGAGACCGCCACGUGCACAGCCAAGAACGCACAUCUGGUGACCAGAAACCAGGACAUCCACGUCUUCCGGCUGGUGACUAACCGCGGGGAGGCCCACCUUGAGCUGAACGCCUUCCGCAGGAAACACGACUGUGCCCUGGUCAUCUCUGGAGACUCCCUGGAGGUUUGUCUCAAGUACUACGAGUACGAGUUCAUGGAGCUGGCCUGCCAGUGCCCAGCCGUGGUCUGCUGCCGCUGCGCCCCCACCCAGAAGGCCCAGAUCGUGCGCCUGCUCCAGGAGCGCACUGGGAAGCUCACCUGUGCAGUAGGGGACGGCGGCAACGACGUCAGCAUGAUUCAGGAGUCGGACUGUGGCGUGGGCGUGGAGGGGAAGGAAGGAAAGCAGGCUUCGCUGGCUGCAGACUUCUCCAUCACUCAGUUUAAGCAUCUCGGCCGGUUGCUCAUGGUGCACGGCCGCAACAGCUACAAACGAUCAGCCGCCCUCAGCCAGUUCGUCAUCCACAGGAGCCUCUGUAUCAGUACCAUGCAGGCGGUCUUCUCCUCCGUGUUCUACUUUGCCUCCGUCCCUCUCUACCAAGGAUUCCUCAUCAUCGGGUACUCCACCAUCUACACCAUGUUCCCCGUCUUUUCUCUGGUCCUGGACAAGGACGUCAAGUCCGAGGUCGCCAUGCUGUACCCCGAGCUCUACAAGGACCUCCUCAAGGGACGGCCGCUGUCCUACAAGACCUUCUUAAUAUGGGUUCUGAUUAGCAUCUACCAAGGGAGCACCAUCAUGUACGGGGCGCUGCUGCUCUUCGAGUCGGAGUUCGUGCACAUCGUGGCCAUUUCCUUCACGUCGCUGAUCCUCACCGAGCUGCUCAUGGUGGCACUGACCAUCCAGACCUGGCACUGGCUCAUGACGGUGGCCGAGCUGCUCAGCCUGGCCUGCUACAUCGCCUCGCUGGUGUUCCUACACGAGUUCAUCGACGUGUACUUCAUUGCCACCUUGUCGUUCCUCUGGAAAGUCUCUGUCAUCACUCUGGUCAGCUGUCUCCCCCUCUACGUCCUCAAGUACCUGCGAAGACGGUUCUCUCCUCCCAGCUACUCGAAGCUCACGUCGUAGGCCGAGGGCUCGGUGGAGGGGCCCCCCGGCCUCUGGGCUUGCCUGGUGGACAGAGUUGGGGUUCCAUUUGUAUCACCCGCCACCUGUGGAUUUUGCAGUCAUUGCUAACCUGUGCAGUUCUGGUGUGGCCAGGCUCUGUGCUCGACCGCGUCCCGACACUGAAGAAGCAGGAGGGAGGGUCCGAGGUCCCCCGUGUGCCUGUCGGAACCUGUGGCCCUGCCGGAGUGAGUGUGGACACACAGCAGCCUGGUGGCUCUGCAGAGAGGCUUCUGCGGGCCGCCGUGCAAGCUCCUUAUGACUUGAAUUUCGUUGUCAUGUGAUAAAGCUUCUGUCUCAUCGAAGGUUGUAGAAGGCUUUUUUUUUUUUUUUUAAACAGUCCUAUCAUGUGUACUUUUAAGUCUUUCUCAUCUUAAAAAGCAGUUUCAGGAAAAUCUCAAGCUCUUAGUGUGGGUUUGCAAGAAAAAGACAGUGACAUUUGGUGAAAGUUAUUUAAACACUGAUUGCAUUUGGAAAGGCUUCCUGUCCUCCGAGGGCCAUCCUGCCUUGGAGCAUCACGGAAAGUCACGGAGGGGAGAAGGGAGAGGGACCCGAAAUCCAGUAGUCAUCCUGGAUCUGACUCAAUGGCCGGGCCUCCAGUUAAUUUCACCUGCCACCUCGUAAAAGAGUUCCAGAGGUGUGAUCCUGCUUCGUUAGGAGCCGGUGACAAUUACCAAGCCAGUGGCCAUCUGAGGACACCCCCUGACAUUUUGAGCAGAGUUGUUUUAGCAGGAAACGUGCCACUGAACAGCCCCUAAGUGUGUCGACAGUGUGAUAAGGCUCGGCUAAUUCUUUAGACAGCGCGGCAGAUGUGACUCAGAUCCUCCGAGUCCGGAGCGGAAAGGUCAGGGCACGGGGCGCUUCUCUGCGGCAACCUGUUUCCUGUUAGGAGGAAUUAUUGAGGCCGAACUGACUGAGCGAGGCAUCUCGCCGUGGCAGCCGUCAGAGGCGGGAGCCCGGUGGGCAGAGGCCCAGGCUUGGGGAUCUGGAAUCAGUUCCCUGCCUGCAGAUUUCCAGGGGAACGUGCUGAAAGGCAGCCAGUAGUCAAGGCUGCUUCCCCGACGGACCGCACGCGGGUGUGUUUCUUAUAAAGCAGCGGCUGCUGCCUCUGAGGAACGGGAGUUUGCGAGCGUUCCACGUGGCAGGGAGAGCAGGGCGUCUUGGGCUUGGGAGUCGCUGAGUACAGAGCCACGUGUGCGCACCCAGGGCAUUAAGUCAGGGGGUCCUCGGGCCGAGUGCGGUCUCCAUCUUGGAUUUGCGAUGACUUCUUUAUGAGCACAAAUGCUGCAGAGCUUUAGUGCCACACCGCCUGUGCUUCAGAGGUGUAGGUCACAGCAUGCCUGCUGAGGCCUGCCACCUACCCAAGGGAACCUGCCUCUGAGAGUCGAGGACAGGAGGACCUGAGCUUUAGCGUGCUCUUGACAAGCCCUGGUGUUUUGUGUUGCCCUUUUAAAACUCCUGAGAGAGGCCGUGAGUUGCAGGUUAUUGGCACCACUUCUGCUUGUUCUGAGUCUGUAGUUUUGCAGUAUUUCCCUCUCCAGGUGGCCGCUUCUCCCAGGGAUAAGGUCUUUCAGAAAAGAUGUCGCACGUUGUGUGAGCGGUUGCUCAGGAGUAGGAGCUUCGUCCAGAAACAGAGGUUUGAGCAGGUUCACUUGCUCUCAGUGCUUAUGUGUGGUUGCAGAGUCGGGGGGAGGAGCUGGGCGAGGGUCACACACCUGUAAUCCCAGUGACUCUGGAGGCUGAGGCAGAGGGAUCGCAAGUUUGAGGUCAUCCUGGGCAACUUAGACCCUGUCUCACAAAAGUACAAAGGGCUGGGGGCGUAGCUCUGUGGUGGAGUGCUUGCUCGGCAUGUGCGAGGCCAUGGGUCCAUCUGUGGAGGAGGAGAGGGUCACGUGGUGGUUUUGAGCCUGUUUUCUCACAAGUCAGCCUGUAGAACGGGGAAUCGUCACUCUGGUGGGUUCGAGGCCUGAGCCAGCGUUGCUCACAGAGGCAGGCGGCGGCUCCUGAAGGUCGGUCAUGUGGAACCCUUGCUAGAGGGUUGUAGCUGUUUCCUGCAGACAGAGGGAACAAAGCUGGUCUCUUUGGGCUUUUCCUUCAUUCCUGAUUUCUAGUGAGUGAAUGCCUGAUGUCCCUGGAAGGAAGGAGGCUUCGGAGUGGCUCGGAGGCCAUGCUGGAAGGCGAGGGUGCCGGGCAGGGGCCUCUAGGAACCUCCUCCUUCUGUUGUCUCUGCCACGCUUAGGUAGGGGCAGUUUGGGGCAAGAAGGUCCGAAACCCCUGUAGAAGCUGCCAUGUUGUGGGACCAUCCCUCAGGAGGGCAGCCUAUUGAUGCCACCCACCAGGGUCCCUGCGCAUCUGGGGAUGUGCACAGUGGGCAUCCCAGGAGACACAAGGGCAGGGUGUCCUGCCAGUGGAGAGCACACAGCCCGACUGCGGGAGUCACACAGAGUCCCAGCAGAGCCUGGAGUUUCCUCAGUGGUGGGGAAGCAGAAGAAACAAGAAGCAAGGAAUCCUUGAACUGUUUUGCAAGAAAACCUCCUGAAUCUGUCAGCCUUGAACACAGGAUGCCGUUGACCUUUCUCGUGGUUCAUCGACCUGGCAGGAAUCUCUCUACAGCACCACUGACACCCUUGUCUGGGACUUGAGUCUCCAGCAACCCAUUUAACUUGGGGUCUGAGGGCCUUAGGGCACACCGCCACCAUCUGAACACUCCCCUAAAGCGGAAGUCAGCUCCCUGCGCCUCGGAAGGCAGGAGUCCCUGCCCGCUGAGAGUGGCCGCUGUCAUUUUGUUAUCUUUGGACCUUUUGGUGACGGUCAACAGUGGCGUGGGCAGGACUGGUUUGGUUUCUCUUUUCCCGCCCUCCCUUCCUCUGCGGCUGACAGUUUUGAUCCUGACGUUGACAGCAUGUUGCGCACGUGGAUUGCCAUGGCGCUAGGAGAGGGGAUGCCAGCGUGGGCUGCUUGGAGGACAUGCGGGGAGCAUCUGAAGGUCGGAGGAACACCAGCCUCCGGCCUCCCCCGCAGCAUGAUCACCCGCCAGGCUCGCUCCCCGUGUGUGGAACCCAUUUGGUGGCAGUAAUCUUAAGUACCAUGGUCUCUUUACCAGUAGAUCUCCUCGGUUUAUUCUCUGCUGAAAAUCUAGGUUGUACCGACAGUACUUCCUAAUGUAUCUGAAUUUUGUGCCCACUGGAAAUUGACAUGUUGAUGCCUUCUUUCCCUGCAGACUUUUUUGUUUUUAUACUCGGUCUUAUUUUUACCGGGGUGGGCGGGGCAUGCAUACAUACCUUCAGGGCCGCAUUUUAAACUUUGGCCAAAACUUCAUAUAUGAGCUCUGCACACUCUUCGGCUCCAUUCUGUUGAAAGCAAACACCUGUCAGCCGUUAUUCUCUUGAACCUAUCUGUGUGUUGGAAAUCGUGUGUGUGUGUGUGUGUGUGUGUGUCUAUGAUGUCAUCUCAAGUUUUUUGAAGACCGUUUGGUUUUUAUUGCAUUGAAACUCCAUCACUCCCAGCUCUGUUCUCGUUUUAAAAACAUACAAGGAGCUUUGUAAAUACAACCCAUGUGGUUUCUCCUUCCUUUUAAUGUAAAGCUUUUUGUUGUUUAUGUAUACUUGAAAUAUUUUCAUUAAUUAUGUUCAUUUCUCCUUGGAAAAUGAUGGACUGUGUAUCGGAAUGAACCCGAGUGGCCGCGCAUGGGCCUCGCUGUCCCGCCUGGAGCUCAGAGCGUCCUCUCCGCUGCAGCAGCUCCUCCGUCCUGUCCCGCCUGGUCUGAGCUGAAUAGCGCCGGCCAGUGUCGGGGAAUGUCGUGUUUGGGCUAAGGUGGGGUGUGGCACUUGCCAGUGGGAUCGUGGUCCUCGGAUCUCUCUAUUGUCACGGGGUUAAUGCAGCCGUGUCCAGGUUGCGGUCCCCUCCCUGGGUCUCUGCCCGCAGCCCUCACCAGGACGGCGUCUGGCCUGGAGGGCAAGCCCUGGUGCCGCGUGCUGUGUUUAGCAGGAGUGUCCAGCUGAUUCACAUUCCCGACUGAUGGCACCGUGCGAUCCUCCGUGUUUCCGAGAGAUUCCACUUCAUUGUUGGCCAGUGUGGCCCGUUGCUGUUGCCCAAUAAAGCUUGUGUACUUUCUGCCUUUGGGGAUCAUUGUACUUUGUAUGGAAUCAUGUAUUCUGGUGAUGGAAUAAGAACUUUUUGUACAAGCUCCUAUUGGGCGCUAUCUCGUGGUACACUAACAGGACAAGAACUUCUUCCCGGUUAAAUUUCAAUUUCAGAAAAAAAAAAGAACCCAGAUCACCCAGAUCAAUGUCUGUUAUUACCCUAGUCCUUUCCAGACAUGUCAGAAAUUCAAAGUGGUUGAUUCCAAAUGGGAAAAGUGAAAAACAUAAAGUCGUAUGGUAAUCUCUCUCACACACACACACACACACACACACACACACACACACGGCUCGAUGACUGCAAAGUCUUUUUUAUUUUUUAAAUCAAGGGAUGGAGGAUUUAGGAAUGUGAUCACUCACUUUUUAGGCAAAGGAGGUUCAGAAGCUGGUGUGUAAGGAGGAGGAGGACCGUGAUUUGUUAACUUGACCCAGCGACCUCAGCCAGGAGUGAUUUUUGUCACUCACAUGAAAGCCAAAGUCACUGGAGUUUGUUGGGAGGGGGUAGGGUGUGACUGGCAACAGGUGGGUGGGGGUCCCGGGUACUGGCGGAUGCCUUCCAAAGCACAGGGCACCUCUAUGUCAGACUUACCCACCCACAGUGUCCACAGUGCUGAGGUCGAGGACCCUCAUUUCCUGGCGUAUCAAUUUGACCAUCUGUCUUCAUUUGUAAGGGGGCCCAGUGGUGUAAACACCGCUGGGGAAGCAAAUUCCGCAUCCCGGUGGCCAAGUGCUGUCAUGGGGUAGGCAGCUCUUGUCUCAUGGGCUCCUUCCAAAGGGCCAUUCUGCGUUGAUGGAUUAGAACGCGAAUCGCAAGUUGCCCAUUUCCGCCCGCAGUGGCUGCGCUCCCCGAGGUGGACACGUGCGCGGUCAUCGCGAUCGGCGGCCCGGCCUUGGCCCACAGUGAAAUUCCAUCCCCGGGGCUGCGCUGCGCGUCGAGGCCGCCAGGGGGCCCCCGAGGCUCAGGAGAGCUCGGGUCCCCGCUGCAGCCGGCCGCCGCUGCCGGUGGUUUCGGAAUUGAUUUCAUGGCCAUCGGCCCCGUUAAAAACAGACAUUUCUUUGCAUGUUGUUGACCAGAAUAUUUUGCUGGACUUGGUCUAAAAAAAAAAAAAAAUGUGUUGGGCGGGUGAGCGAUGAAUAUGUAUUGGCUCCUGGAUAUUUGCAUUUUGAAUAAUUGGCAGCUGGGCUCCUGGCUCAGGGGAACAAGGGUUGGAGACCAAAUGUUCCAGCACCCGGCGAAGGAGAGCUGUGUUUGUUAUGAAACUCCUCGGGAUGACACGGAGCCCUGCGGUGUUUGCGAGGCGGCCUGGACAUGAUGGAUUUGCUCACCUCAAAAUAGGCCUGCGGGCUGCGGACGCUCCAGAGGUCGGGGGACAGUCCGGAUUCCCUCGGGCGCGCUCACUUCCCACCCGACACGGGUUACAUAACCUGCCUCGCAGUCGCCGGCCGGAGGGAGGUGAAGUCAAUCAUGAAACUGGAAAUAGCCCCGCCAGACUCGGGGAACACCAUGCAUGAGGUCUCUCUCUGAUCCCCCCUCUUUAUUUUUUCACCCAAACAUUGCAUAAUGUUACAAAAGUCAACUCUUUCCGUGGGAUUUGAUUUCAUCCUCCUUGUGGCUGUGGUCGGAGGGGUAACCGGAGCCCUGGGGGCUGGCGGAUUUUUGAAGGAUCACGCAGUCCCGGCUCAGUUUUCAUCCAGAGCCGGAGCCGAGAAAGACCGUCUGAUACUGGGCUUCUCCGCCUGCCGCAGCGGCCGUGGGCGAGCCAUCUGCGCCCAGCGCCUUCCCCGGGCUGCCUGCUUCAGGAUGCCAGGACAAAGCCUCCCUCCGCUUUCUGCUGAGGCUCUGACUCCGAUAUGGUUUCCCCCUAUAUUUUGGGGUAACUGAGUCACACAUGAAGUCACUGGCCCCAUGACCUAUGCUUGGUGACAAGCCAGGUCUCUUUUUUCUUAGAAUUCAGCCUUCAGGUUCUGUUUGCUUCUCCUAGGAACUUGCUGUUCUAAGCCUCUGUGGUUCAUUUUCAAGAGAUUUAAGAGAAAUAAACUUUUUCUUUUAUUA